AUGUCUGUCAAGAAAGUCACCACGCUCAAACGAACAAUCUCCAGAUGGAUUAUAAAGCCCGGGACACCCCAGGCUGGAGACACAAAGGCUGAUGACUUUGCUAAUCAGUGCGUUUCCUCGGCUUGCGUCCUACAACAGCUGACAGCGCUUACUUGUUCAGAACUGAAUCGCCAGUGGCUUCUACAGCAUGCGUUGAAGCCGACUCAGCUGAGACGACCCGCAUCAUCUGGAGCAGGCAUUACCUCAGACUAUCCAUACCCUUUCCCGUCUAUCACUCCAAAUACCACGAAGAGUGUAAACCCACAGAUCGACAUAGGUCGUGGUCCAGAGCUAACUCGGGCGAAACGCUGGCGAAAGCGGCGCGACUCGAUGGAGAGCCUCAAAGCCUAUAUUCGUCAGCAUAUUAUCGAAUUCGAGGCAUCCAAUCCUGGACCACUCUUCCCGCUCGAAGAAUAUGGUCGUACAUGCUUCAUGCAUGGCUGCGACGAGUGGCACAUCGAAAAUCGUGAGAAGCAGCACGCCUUUGUCGCGCACUGUGACUGCGAUAUUAUGAGCGAUUACAACGUCCUUCAUCGACAUAUUGCAGAUUUUGGCGACUUUAUCGACCCACCACAUCCCAGUCUCUGUUUCUCAAGCCUUCAUCCCCUCCGUCGUCGCCGCGAGCAUGAGGAAAGUACGAUAUCCACAUUCCCUUCGACGCCUAUAGACUGCGAGGCAUCUUCUUCGUCUUUCAGCUUUGAAUUUCAGGUCUGCACGAUAAACUCGAAAAGUGGCAAGGUCUAG